GAAAAUAAACUUGAAUAUCCAACUGGAUUAUCGAUUGAUCUCAUACGAAACGAUGUCUAUUUUGGUGAUGUUGAAAGACAAAUGAUUGAAAGGGUGAACAUGGAUACGAGGGAGAGGAUUGUUGUCCUGACCCAAGGAGUACAUCACCCUUACGAUGUCAAGUACUUCAAUGGUUUCUUAUACUGGACUGAUUGGGCUACUUCAUCACUGAAAGUAUCUGAAUUGAGUAUUCAUCAUGAAAGUGCUCAUCUGAUUCAUUCGUUCACUACCUUGCCCUAUGGCUUAGCCAUCAAUCAUACUAUGUUCCAGGAUCAAUCCCAUGUGGGUGUUGCAUGGAUGAAGGAACGUUGCCUCGAAGGGGAUGGUUGUUUGAACGGUGGUCAAUGCCAGGAUAUUAAAAAUGAACAUGGAAGAGUGGUCAAAAUUGUUUGCAGCCUUCCCCCUCUUCAAAUCCGUGCUCAAAUAGUGGCUGUCUUUGGAUACGGCUACGAGAAGGACCAGGAUGGAGACUGUGCACCUAUCGAUGUCACAUCUAUGGAAGAUGAGAAUGGAAAAUCAUUGGUGGAGAAAAACGAGCCAAAAGAUCAAUCCCAUGUGGGUGUUGCAUGGAUGAAGGAACGUUGCCUCGAAGGUGAUGGUUGUUUGAACGGUGGUCAAUGCCAAGAUAUUAAAAAUGAACAUGGAAGAGUGGUCAAAAUUGUUUGCAGCUGCGAGAUCCCUUAUGAAGGCCACCGAUGUGAGAGGCUUAAUCCGGAAAAAGCACUAGCCGCACAACUCAAAGCCUCACCCAGACCUCUCUGGAUAACGUCGUUCUUCCUUCUGCUCUUCAUUACGUUCUUAAUUGCAGCUUUUAUAAUUUCGUAUCGUUAUCAGAAUGUGCUCAAGUAA